UGUUCUGGUUACCUUCUGGCUAGCUAGUGGCUGUCCAGAUUUUCUCGAUACAUAUCGACGGCCGCGCGAAGUUCAAUUUUUUUACGAAGUUGCAUAUAUGUUUUUAACAAACAUAUAAUUUUAACCAAACUUUUGGGUUUGUGUCAUCACGGCAAGAACGCGAAAAACAAUUCCGCGACUUUGAGGCCAAACACAUGGGUUCAAAGAAGGACAUGGCCGCGUGCAUCAAGGCGGACACGCGACUCAAGAUAGAAGAGAUGAAUCAGGCUGUUUCCGUACAUAAAAAGCCGGUCAUGCUUAAAAUUUUGGACUUGGUGUACGACAUCAAGCUGGAAAUGCACAAUAAUUACCGCAUCGAGGUCUAAGCCGCAAGGAUCGCAUCUAAUAGCUGAUAAGCAUGAUACGCUAUAAAUAUACAUUAACUCCCAGCAAACACAAAGUAACA